CCACUGUUUCUUUUGUUUCUUCUUUCUGUGAUAAAAUUCAAGAUUCAACAGAGCCUAUAGCUAAGUUCAUUACAUUUCACGAGCUCUUUGAAGAGGGAGGAAUCAGGACAAUGUCGGUCUCGUGGACGGUGAAGGUGGAAGAAGCAAGGCCGGCCACAGAGAAAUCUCCGUCCGCUGGCCCGGUUUACAGGUGCAUUUAUGCUAAAGAUGGUCUCUUGGAGCUGCCGGAGGGAAUGCAUUCUCCAUGGGAGUUCUUCAGUGAUUCUGUAAUGAGGAUUCCCAAUAACCGAAUGCUGGGUCGUCGUCAAAUUAUUGAUUCAAAGGCUGGCCCUUAUGUAUGGCUCACAUAUCAGGAGGUUUAUGAUACUGCCCUUAGAAUGGGUUCUUCAAUGAGGGGAUGCGGUGUUGGGCCUGGUGACCGUUGUGGUAUAUAUGGGUCCAAUUGUCCAGAAUGGAUCAUUUCUAUGGAGGCUUGCAUCAGUCAAGCCAUAACAUAUGUUCCACUGUAUGAUACACUCGGAUCUAAUGCAGUGGAGUUCAUUAUCAACCAUGCUGAAGUUUCAAUAGCAUUUGUUCAAGAGAACAAGUUGUCUUCUAUUCUAUCUUGCCUUCCAGCAUGUUCUUCUUACUUAAAAACAAUUGUUAGCUUCACAAACAUUACUAGUGACCAGAAGAAGAAAGCUGAAGAACUUGGCGUGUCUCUAUUUUCCUGGGACGAGUUCGUGCAGCUGGGAACUUUGGAUUCUGAACUUCCUCCAAAACAGAAAACUGAUAUAUGUACAAUAAUGUACACUAGCGGGACAACAGGAGAACCGAAAGGCGUCAUGCUUACAAAUGGGGCUAUCAUGGCAGAAGUGUUGACAGUAGACCAACUGAUAGCCCUAAGAGACACAGCGUGCUCAGAAGAAGAUACAUAUUUCUCCUUCCUUCCUCUGGCACAUGUAUAUGAUCAGAUAAUGGCAACGUAUUUCAUUCACAGGGGUUCCUCAAUCGGAUUUUGGCGAGGCGAUGUCCGAGGUUUGAUGGAAGAUGUUCAAGAACUGAAGCCGACUGUAUUUUGUGCGGUUCCAAGAGUUUAUGACCGUAUAUAUACUGGUAUUGUCAAUAAAAUUUCAUCUGGAGGUUUAAUACAGAAUAAACUGUUCCAGUUUGCCUAUAACUACAAAUUACAAAAUAUGGAGAGUGGACUGCCACAAUACAAAGCAGCACCUUUGCUUGACAAAUUGGUCUUUGAUAAGGUAAGACAAGCAUUAGGAGGCAGAGUACGCAUUUUGCUAUCUGGUGCUGCACCUUUGCCUAGGCAUGUUGAGGAGUUUUUGAGGGUUACCUGUUGUGCUAAUUUAUCACAAGGAUAUGGUCUUACUGAGAGCUCAGCUGGAUGUUUUACAUCUCUGGCCAAUGUGAUGUCUAUGAUGGGAACUGUGGGGGUUCCAGUUACAACUAUUGAAGCAAGGAUUGAGUCUGUACCAGAUAUGGGAUAUGAUGCACUUGCUACUGUGCCACGUGGAGAAAUCUGCCUUCGGGGAAUUACAUUGUUCUCUGGUUACUACAAGAGACAAGAUCUAACUGAAGAAGUCUUUGUUGAUGGGUGGUUUCACACAGGCGACAUUGGAGAAUGGCAACCAGAUGGAUCAAUGAAAAUCAUUGAUAGGAAAAAGAAUAUAUUCAAGCUUUCCCAAGGUGAAUACAUUGCUGUGGAGCGCAUUGAGAACACCUACUCGCACUGCCCUCUUAUAACAUCAAUUUGGGUUUAUGGGAACAGCUUUGAGUCAUUUCUGGUGGCUGUGGUAGUCCCUGAAAGGCAGGCACUUGAGGAUUGGGCAACAAACAAUCAUGAAGCUGUUGAUUUUAAAGCAUUGUGCAACAACCCGAAAGCAAGGAAGUACAUUUUAGAAGAACUCAAUAGCAUUGGUCAGAAAAACCAACUUAGAGGUUUUGAGUUGUUGAAAGCAAUCCAUUUGGAGCCGAAUCCCUUUGACAUUGAAAGAGAUCUUAUAACUCCAACAUUUAAGUUGAAGAGGCCACAGUUGCUCAAAUACUACAAGGAUCGCAUUGAUCAAUUGUACAAUGAAGCAAAGGUGUUGAAGGUAUGAGAGGGGCUAGAACUUGUUUGUGACCUUUAAUGAAAGAAAAAUUUGGACUCUUGAAGCUCUUUGAACAGCAAUCGUCGUUACCUUUAGUACAUGAAUAAGUGUUUCGGUACUUUGCUGAGUAAUUAUAUGAAUUUUACAUCAAAAAUGUCUUCAUUACCACUAUAAGAGGUGAUACCAUUUCCUGUCAAUAAAAUUUGGAUCAAGUGCCUCUUACUCUCUUCUUAUUUCCAAAGCUCUUUUAUGUUAAUGGAAUUGGGAAGCAUAUGGAUGGCUGAAACUGAUUAGCUAACCAUAUCAAAGAAUAUUAAACCAUGGAAAGUGUU